GCCCUAAUUAUAGACACCCCGCUUUGCCGCCGGCUGUAAUUGUGGCUUCCUUCGCUGCGACUCUCUGAGGCAUCUGCACGCGAGCCCCCUUCGCUCUUCGGGGUUUUCCAUCGUAGCAGUGGCGGAGUGGCCUGCCCACUACGCUGCUCACUUCAUCCACCAAACAACCGGUGGUUGAGCCAGCCAGUCUGCGCCCGUACGUAGAUAGAUAUUGUACACCGGUUGAAGACGACGAGGAAUCGGACGUGAUGGAGGCGGCGGAGGAGGAAUUGCAGUUCCAGGAUCAUGUCAGCCGCCUACCUUUCGCCCGCGGUGGCCCCAUCUUUGUUCCUGGCGUUGUUGGCCAGCUAAUGUCGGUCUCUGCUUUCAAGGCCGACGUCCUCAAUGAACUCCAGAGCUUGCAGUCUGAGUUGGUUAACACGGGCGAAUGCAAUUUUGAGGAUGAGCUCUCGGUUGAUGAGCUGAAGGUUCUUACGGAGGAAGAAUUGGUCGAGAAUGCUCUUAAGGAUGAUGUGAAGGAUGUUGCUUGCCUUGACGAUUCACAACUGUACCUAGAGUGCUCAGAUGAUAUAGUGGUAGAUCGUUGUAUCUCAGAGAAGGAAAAUGUUUGUUUGACAAACUCUAUAUCUGAAUGCAUAAAUUUGGAUCACUCUAUAAUAUCAAAUGAUUCUGAUACUUUGGCACAUGAAUCCAAUGAUUUGGGUAAAAAGGUUAAAAAGAAGAAAGGAACAAAAAGAGGAAGGCGCUUUGAUAGAGAUUCUCGAGCUACUGAUCUAGAGGGGAUUUUUUUUACAAAAGUGGAUGAACUUGCAAAGAUAAAGCAAAGGCAGGAUGAGGAUAAGCUAGCAGCCAGAUUGCACUCAUUUAGUGGCAACUCAAAGCUUUCUGAAGGAAUAGUUUCAUCCUCACAGAAACUUAAGAAGAUGAAGUCCUUGAGGUUCAUAACCCGCCCUGUAAAGGUAAAAUCUGUCAAAUCACAAGAAUAUGUUCCAGUGCAGUUUCCUGAGAUGGUUCUUUGCCUUGAAAUAUAUGACAAUCAAUAUAAAUGGAGAAAGAACCAAGAAUUUUUAGCUUUGGGGAGCCAAACCCUUUCGGAAUUGAAGAAUCACAUAUAUUGUUUGACCAAUAAAUUGAUGGAUACAGCAGGGGUGCAUGAUAAUUCUGGAUAUUUCCUUAUUGAAGAUACCUUUUGCAAUGAUUUGAAGGAUCCUUCUUCUAUUGACUAUAGCAAACCUAUAUUUGAUUGGCUUAAGAAUAACAAUGACGAGGCAGUUAAAAAAUGGGAUUACAUCUUGUCUGGUGGGCUGAAGAAAGAACAAAAGAAGCUUUUAGGGGACAUGAAAGUCUCAAGCUUACCUAAUUUCAGAUCUGUGGAUAUGCAUAAGACUAGAUUUUCUGAUCUCGGAGGAUUCAGAUUGGGUUCUAGUUAUCUCUAUUGCCACCAGGGCAACUGCAAGCACAGCAUAGUGAUCAGAGACAUGAGACUGAUCCAUCCCGAAGAUGUUCAGAAUCGGGCCGAGUACCCACUCCUUACUUCUACACUACGACCACGCUACAGGAAAUGCUCAGUCUGUGAAAUAUAUAUCGCAACAAAGAUGACAGUCGACGAUAAGUGGGCUCCAAAGAACCCUUGUUAUUUCUGCAUCAAAUGCUAUUUUCUACUUCAUUACAAGGAGGACAACUCCUUGUUGUACCCUCACACUGUAUUUGAUUAUUUUCACGAAUAAUCAUAUGCUUGAUGGUUCA